AUGGAGGCUAUUUUUCCCUUGCAUCCUCCCCCACCAUUUCUCUACAAGCGCAGAGGUUGGGACUUGGGUGUGAUGAAGACAGAUGUGGCCAGACAUUUUCAUGAUGAAGUCGGCUCCCUGGAGCUACAGAAAGUGCUUCCUCCAGUCUGUGAGCUGCAAAGCAUCGAGGUGGCAGGGGCAGUUGCAGUCCAUAAAUUUGUUUUUGUCACGCUGAAAGAUGAUUAUAGAUCUGUUAGCAACCCCCUGGCCUAUCAAAGGUUUUCUCUUCUCUUCUCUGCAGAAUAUGAAGCUGUGAUGGACAGAAGAUUUGGACUGGAACCAGGGACUCUCUUUCGGGGUCUCAAAAAGGACCCCACAGACUUUGAGUGGAGCUACUGGAUUGAAUGGGGAAGGGAGCGCAUACUGUGGCUUCUGGCUGGUCACCUGCUGGUGUCGCAAGUGUCCAGGCUCUUGGUGGAGAAGUAUAAACCAUGGUGCUUGAUGGUUUAUGGAAUGGCUGCUUGCUGGUUGUUACUGGGAAUCAAGGGCUUUGCUGUCAUUUUGGUACAUGCAACUAUUUCGUUUGCUGUGGCUCAGUUUCAGCUGUCGCUCCUGACGUGGUUGUGCUCCCUUAUCCUGCUGUCCACUUUGCGCAUACCAGCUGUGGAAGAAGCCAAGAGAAAGUGGUAUGACACAGAAAAUGAGUAUUAUCUGCUGCUCUUCACUGUGUCUGUCCGCUGCCUCUUCUGCACAAGCUUCAGCCUGGAGUACUGCUGGCAUGGACCUGCCCAGAAGUCAACCCACUCGUUCCUGUGGAUGCUGGCAUACGUGUUUUAUUAUCCCAUGUUCCACAAUGGACCCCUUAUGAAUUUUGAUGAAUUCAGUAAGCAGAUGAGACGACAAGAAGCCUUCAGUUUGAAGACCAAUCUCAGCAUCUUAAUUGUGGGCAUAAUUCGUAUUUUCUUUUGGUGGUGUCUGGCUGAGCUGAUGAUUCACCUCAUGUAUAUCCACGCUCUCUACAGCAGUGCUCCACCUUUGGAAGCUGCAUCAUACUGGGCAUUGGGUGGCCUGGCUUUAGCUCAAGUACUAUUUUUUUAUGUGAAAUACCUGGUUCUGUAUGGUGUUCCUGCCCUCCUCCUUCAAAUGGAUGGACUCAAACCUCCAGCUCUGCCUUGCUGUGUGAGCCUGAUGCACAGUUUCACUAAAAUGUGGAGAAGUUUUGAUGUUGGGCUGCAUCGCUUUUUGGUCAGGUACAUCUAUGUUCCGAUGGGAGGAUCUCAGUCCAGUCUGCUGGGAACACUCUUUUCCACAGCCCUCACUUUUGCCUUUGUAAGCUAUUGGCAUGGAGGACAGAGUUAUUUGUGGUACUGGGGCGCACUUAAUUGGUUUGGAGUAAUUGUGGAAAACAGCGUCAGGAGGAUACUUUCUAUUUCACUUAUUCAAGAUUUAAUUGAGCAUUUCUUCUCACCAAGAAUUCGUCGUCGACUUCAUGCUGUCCUAGCAUCUGUUAGCACUUCAAUGUUGAUUUUAUCAAAUCUAAUAUUUCUUGGAGGAAAUCAUGUUGGAAAAAUCUACUGGAACAGGAUCUUUAUGGAAGGCUGGCCAUGGGCGACACUGACUGUUCUCGGGUUCCUGUACUGCUAUUCUCACGUUGGAAUUGAAUGGGAGCAAACGUACGCUGUGAGUUAGGAAUGACGCAAAACAAUGAUUUUUAAGACAGGUUGAUGGCUUUUCUACCCUGUAUAUCCUGUCUGCAGAAGCAUGUGCCAGACCAAGUCUUUGGUCAGUGUGUUAAAACCAAAAGCUCAUUUAAUUGAUUCUGGAUUGUGAAUGCAGGAAUUAAACUACAAACACUGAUGGGCUGUGAUUGGGGGUGGGGAGAAAUUAUGAAGCAUUUGAAUUAUGUUAUUUUUAUAAAACAGCAUCUCUGUGGCUCUAUGUACGUUGGAAGCAUGCAUCUCAGAAUAGGUAUUUUAUAUAUGCUGGAGAAAGGUUUUGUUUCUUCCAAUGUUCUUCUGCCUAUUUUGAGAUAUUGAAGAAGAAAAUUUUUCCUACCUUGAAGAAUUUAAAAAGCCCAGUCUCUUAUAGUCUCUGUGUAGGGGCACACAGGGCUGUGCCCUGCACUUACACUGUUCCGUGAAGGGCAUGGUGUUCAUCAGUUCUUCUUGAUUGCUUUCUGAUUUAAGUUAGAACAUUUUAACUGCAGUAGUUCAGCCUUAAGCUGCUUUUCUACCUAGUGUAGCAAAGUCUGCUUUUUUGCUUUAAUGUCUUCAUUUAAAAAUUUGCCUUUAAAGCAAUACCCUUUGUCUGGUAGUCUUAGGAAUGGUUUUAUUUGUUUCUUUAAAAAGAGAGAGUAGGGAGGCAGAACUUUUCUUAAGAAUCAGCUUUUCUUUUUAAUCAAUUAUGACCUUAUAGCUCCUUGGGCUUUAAGUGCUCUCUGCCUCCUGUUAGAACUAAAGCAUAUACCAUGAUCUUUAUUAUGGGGUAAAAUCCCACCUUGAAGGGAACCAUUCAGUCUGCCUCUUCUAUUUUUCUGUUACGGAAGGUCUGGCUGACUGGUAAAUCUGUUCAGUCUGCCUCAUUCUGUGGUGUCCAGGCAAUCAGCUCCACAAUAUUAAAGACACCCUAGGAGUAGCAUUUUAAGACCUUUAAAAAAGUUAGAAUGGUCCAAUACAGUGACACCAAAUUAGCCAGAGCUCCAUGUCCUUUGCCCAAAGGCAAACCUGUUACAGCAGCAUCUUUGCUAAAAGACUGGGUUGCCCAGGGCAGAGAAAGUCCUGCCUGCCUGCAAGUGUCAGGGCUGCAGGAGUGCUUCAGCACGUGCCGUUUUCCAAGGGAAGGAGAGACCCUACUCCUGUCUGGUGUAAGGGGUGUCUCCCAAGCUGUUAUUUUUUAAACUGAUAUUGAAGAUCAGCUAGUCUUUCUAAAGUUAUACAUUUCACCUAGGCCUGGUGAAAGGCCACCAGUCCUGGAGAGGGCUUCUUGCAAGAGCAGCUUCCUGCACCCAAAGCAGGACUCCUGUCAAAACCUGUCCCAUUCCCCUUGGCAGCCAUUUCAGCCUGUUGGGAGUCACAGUUAGCAUCCUGCUGUCCAUCACACUCACAGCUUCAGCCAAGUGUGAUAGAGCUUAUCCCUUCAACAAGAAAUUCAGCCCCUGAGAUAGGCUUCAGCUUAGUGCCUGCAUUUCUGAUGUCUCUGCUGCUCAGAACUAUGGCAGCCUUCUUUUUCCCCUUCAUUUAUUCCUGAAGAAAAAAGGGUAGAGCCUUUAGUUCUCUGUCCAUCUGGAGACAAAGCCCAUCUCUUGCUGUUUCAAAGCAGAAGUUCCAGCCCUUUAUGUUUAAGGAAAGAUUUUCUACCCCAUGAUUUCCCCUGGAAGUAAUUUCUAGGAGAUACCGUGGACUGUUGAAAAUAAGACACACCUUGAAUGCUGCCUGGCCAGAGACAUGGCCCUCCUGAUUGACUUAUGAUAACUGCAGGGAUCCUCUCAGCCACAAGGAAGUAUAUUGCUCUCAGCCUCUGAAUUUACUAAAAGGAUCUGAGACUGGUCUCCAUUUCGGAGUAGAGCUGAGCUAAGGGCAAGAACUUUCACAAACUUAAAACUUUGUAAUUAAUUUCUCAAACUUUGUAAUUAAGUGAAAUUGGUAUUGGAGCAAAAAGUCAUGAGUCUGUUCUUCAGUCUUAUCGAUUACCGUUAUUACAUGAGACGAGGGGCUACUAAGUGAUUAGAUUCCAAUUUGUAUGCAUGCAAAACUUCCUGCUCCAAUAUGGAAACAACCUUGAAGGUCAUCUAGAGUAUGCUUAUUUCUGAACUAAAAUUGGUUGGGGGGUGGGGGGGUGGGUGUUGUAGGGGGGGUGUGUGUGUUUCAGUGCUUUAUACAUCUUUCAUAAUUUUG